UGGCGCAUUUUCUUGCUACGAGUAAUGCGGCGUCGCUGGCGGCUGAGGAGGGCGGAGAGUUUUGUGGUGAAGUAGGAGGAGAGAUUUAUGAAGACGCCGGGAGGAGCCUUGGUCUGAACUCCGGAGUGGGAAGUUGACAUGAGAUCAGCUUUGAAAUUUAAAAACAAUGGAGAAGACGCAAGAAACUGUCCAAAGAAUUCUUCUAGAACCCUACAAAUACUUACUUCAGUUACCGGGUAAACAAGUGAGAACCAAACUUUCACAGGCAUUUAAUCAUUGGCUAAAAGUUCCAGAAGACAAAUUACAGAUUAUCAUUGAAGUGACAGAAAUGUUGCACAAUGCCAGUUUACUCAUUGAUGAUAUUGAAGACAACUCAAAACUCCGACGUGGCUUUCCAGUAGCACAUAGCAUCUAUGGAAUUCCAUCUGUCAUCAAUUCAGCCAAUUAUGUGUAUUUCCUUGGCUUAGAAAAAGUCCUAACUCUAGAUCAUCCAGAUGCAGUGAAACUUUUUACCCGCCAGCUCUUAGAACUCCAUCAGGGACAAGGCCUGGACAUUUACUGGAGGGAUAAUUACACUUGUCCCACUGAAGAAGAAUAUAAAGCCAUGGUGCUGCAAAAGACUGGUGGACUGUUUGGAUUAGCAGUAGGUCUCAUGCAACUAUUCUCUGACUACAAAGAAGAUUUAAAGCCAUUACUUGAUACACUUGGCCUCUUUUUUCAAAUUAGAGAUGAUUAUGCUAAUCUGCACUCCAAAGAAUAUAGUGAAAACAAAAGUUUUUGUGAAGAUCUAACAGAGGGAAAAUUCUCAUUCCCUACUAUUCAUGCUAUUUGGUCAAGGCCUGAAAGCACCCAGGUGCAGAACAUCUUGCGCCAAAGAACAGAAAACAUAGAUAUUAAAAAAUAUUGUGUACAUUAUCUCGAGGAUGUAGGUUCUUUUGAAUACACUCGGAAUACUCUUAAAGAGCUUGAAUCUAAAGCCUAUAAACAAAUUGAGGCAUGUGGUGGGAACCCUGCGCUAGUGGCUCUAAUAAAGCACUUAAGUAAGAUGUUCAAAGAAGAAAAUGAAUAAUAUUAAGCCAUUCUCGAUUGGGCCGGAUAGCUUCUUUAAGUUAAUUUUUCUUUUAGCCUGUCACCUUUUCACAAAUUUGGACCAAGCUUUAGUCUUCAAAAACUGCGUAAAUAGGGAUGGUGUGAGUGAAACUGUUCCAAUGUAGAAACCCCUCCGUAUAUGUAAUACAGAGUUGAAAGAAUAAAAAGGAUUCACAUUUAUAUAGAUCUAAUUUGAGUGUCAGAAGUUGUGGUGGCAGGACAUUGUGACCUGUCUGCCAUGCUACCAAAUGUUCUAUUGAUUCUGUCAAUAAAAAGGACUAGCUUCCAGGA